AUGGAGAAAGACAAUGCAUGCCCUGGAUGUGGUGAAGAGGUGGAGGAGGACGACCUGACGGCGCUCCGAGUGCUUGGCGCUCGGUUCCAUCGGGAGCACUUUGUGUGCGCCAGCUGUGGAGAGACACUGGCGGGGCGGAGGUUCUACGAGGUGGGGGCCAACAAGCGGACGUCUGUCUCGGUCGGACCGCUCGCGCUCACCUCGUCAGCCAUGUGCUGCUCCUGCUAUGAGGCUGCCAAUGACAUUCCUCAUUGUCAAUGUGGUUGCAACGAACCGCUGCUGGGUACCUACGUCAAGGCCCUCGGCUUCUCCUUUCUCCCCGAUCACUUCCGCUGCACACAUCCGCAAUGCUCGACCUCGCUGGUGGCUGGUUACAUGGAGGCUAAUGGCCGUCCUGUCUGUGAGAAUCACUGGCGCGCAAAUCGGAGGUCACUCGCGGGCGCCCCAUCGCCGUCGUCGACCGCAUCCUCGACCUCGUCGCCAACCUCGUCAACUCGCCCAGGCUCAGACUCAGGGUUGGCCUCGCAGCUGCCGUCGUCGCGUGUCGAUUCGCUUCGCGAGUCGGGUGGCACCCCGCGGUCGCGAUCGAUUGGCUCGGCGCCGUCAGGCGGCGUGCCGCCGCGCGCUACGCCGUUUGCAAGCCUGCCGUUUGCGGCGGAGAUCGAUGCCGUCACCGCUGCUCUCCGACCAGUCCUGGCCGCCAUCAAGGUGCGCAACCCGGGAGAAGUGGCGCCAAACCUGCGCUCGCUGGUCACGUCGGUCAAGACGCUCAUGGCCUCACUGCGUGCGAUGUGUAUCAACGGCGACGCACUCGCCAGCGCGCUCAAGACCGCGUCGACCAAGGCCGUCUCGCAAGCCAAGAUCGUCAUCCGCCCCGCCGCCGACGACGCCUGCUGGCGUGCGUUCUCGCUCGACGUUCUCGAGCUGGGCAAAGAGGUGCGCGCCGCGCGCGACUCGGCGGUGCUGACCUCUGGUGCAGGUGCUGGCCCGGCCCGCCCCGUGGCACGCAACGCGUCCGACCUACCAUCGCGGACGCACAAAGCCAUGCUCACAGCCCAGACCGGGGCUGCCAACGCUGCACGCCGGUCGCGCGCACUUGCCGCGGCGCCCAAGCGCGGCCCUCUGCCCAAGAACUUCCGUGAGUACGCAGAGUACCACUCGCUCGACAUCUCAGGCUUCACCAAGAACCAGCUCGCCUGCCAGGAGGUCAUCUACGAGAUGAUCCAAACCGAGGAGGCAUACGUCCUCGACCUUCUCAUCCUCAUCGACGAGUUCCUCACCCCGCUCCGCGAGUUAGACAUUGUUUCCGCCGACGACCUCGACGCGCUCUUUGGCAACGUGGAGGAAAUUCUUCCACUCCAUCGCGAGAUGUGGUUGCAGUUCAAGAAGCGCCAGAAGGAGCGCAAAUGGGUGGAGCGCGUCGGCGACAUCCUCUCUGACAAGCUCCGCCGCAUCCUUGUCGUCUACACUCCGUACUCGUCCAACCACGAGCGGGCGCUCAACACGCUAGAGAGCCUCACAGCGUCGUCCAAGAAAUUCCGCGCCUUUCUCCAAGCUCGGUUCGAGGAUCCCAAAACCAAGAGCCUCCCGCUCGGCUCCUUCCUUAUCAAGCCCAUCCAGCGCCUUUGCAAGUACCCGCUUCUCCUCCGCGAGCUUCUCCGCAAAAUGGAUGCUGCCAACGACGUCGACUACGCCGCACUCGUCGAGACGGCCGACAACCUCGGCACCGUUGUCUCCCGCAUCAACGAGUGGAAGCGGACGGCCGACAACCUCAACAAGCUCGAUGUCUUUUUCAAAGGCCUCGAAGACCCCGAUGGUCUGCUCCCGCCCGACCUCAAGAUUCGCAACUUUAUCACCGAGGGAGAGCUCAACAUCGGCGUCAUUGUCCCCUCCGCCAUCAAGCGCAACACUAUGGCCAACUCGAUUCUCAAGCCCCGCACAGAGUACGCCUACCUCUUCGCCGGCCUUCUCGUCAUCGUCUCGCGCAAGCGCAUCCGCUCCACACGUGUCGUCACCGCCGCCCACGAUCUCGACGCCAUGCACCUGCUCGACACCCCGCCGCUCAUCUCGGACACUUUUCCACACUCCAUCGCGCUCACCCCGCUCAUCUCCACCGCCACCGCUUCCUCGGUGGAUACCGCCUCUGUCCGCCGCUCCCGCUCCUCAGCAACGCCCGGCGAUCUCGUCGUCCUCGUUUUCGACUCGCCCCACGACCGCACCCCCUGGCUCAAGGCAAUCACCACAACCAUGACCGAGCGCAACGAAUCGAACCCAUCGCCGCGACUGGUAGCGGCACUGGCGGCGGCCGAGUCGCUUGCGGAUGAGACAGCCGAGGCUACGACCAAGGCGAUGGCCGGGAUGGCGAGAUCGGGGCGAAUGGGAGAGGAGCUCCGUGGUGAUCUUGCCUUUCUGGCCACCGUGGCAGUUGCCCGCCAACCGAUGGCGGUCAUCGAUGCUCUGGACACUGCCGCCCGACACGCCGCCGGCGUCGGGGAGCUCCGGGCCCAACUGGCUGAGUCUGCCCUCCUGGUCUCGGCCAUCGGAUGCGAGUCCGGGACGGCCCAUGUGGCAUACUCCAACGCUGCCGCCUUCCACGGCUCGUGGCUGGCCCAUGUCCGCGGGCACAAGGUCCGUGUCGGGCAUGAGCAUGGUGGUGGAGAAGGUGGGGGUGGGAGUGGGAGUGGCCGUGGUCGCGCCGAUGAUCUGCUCGUCGACCCGGUGGCCACGGCUGCCGCUGGCAUCCCCGCUCUCAGCCACUCGCCCGAACAUUCGAAUCCUGCUACCUCUGUGCUCUCCUUCCCACUGCUCAAGUUCUUUGACCUCCGCCCGGGCUUGGUCUCGCUGUCAGCGCUAGUGGCGGUGUUGGGCGGAGCGGGUGUGGCCAUGAGCGAGAAGCUGGAUGGGGCCAUCAUCAAGCUGACGCCCAGAGCGGCGGACAACAGUGGUCUGCUGAUUGAGUCACAGAAGACCACUCUUCGCCACGGGCAUCCCAUGCACCGUAUGCUGUGCGAAGCUGUCGACUUGCCCGCCCUCGCCGCUCGCCUCGAGCCGGGCGUCACCUACGUGAUCGAGUUGCGGCAUCCCGAGUUGACAACAACGGUCGCGGCCGACAAGCCAUCAGCUUAUCUCAUCGCCGCCGUUGCCCACCCACCAGCCUACCGCAUGCUGAAUGUAGCGACGGUGGCGUCCAGCAUCGGGCUGCCCAUCCCGCGGCGCCUACCGCUGCCGCCUGCCGCCGAGGUCGACGACGUUGUUGCCGCCAUCGAGGCCGAGAGCGAGCCGGGCUUUGAGGGUGGCGUGCUUGCAGUCGAGUCGGCCGCUGGCGAGCCGCUGCUGCUGAUCAAGGUCAAGACGGCCAUGUGGUGCGCCCUUCACGAUCUCGGCUUGGCAUCGCACGACGCGCUGCUCGCUGACCUGCUCGUCUCGCAGCUGCAUGCGCUCGCCGGUGACGUUGGGGUUGCGGUUCGCGGCCUUUCGCCGGAUCUACUCGCCCACGGAGUUGCCCGUCAUCUUGGCCCGGUACUCCCGGCCCGGCUUGGCGCCGCUGUCGCUAACCUCGGUCGUGCCCUCGACCGCGUCGACGCCGCAGCUCUGAUUUGCCUCGACGACUCGGCGCUUCACGCCCAUGUCGCACGCCUCGAUGGUAUGCCGCCAGUUGUGGUCACCACGAUCGUCAAGUGGGCACGGAGCAUGUCGGCUGCGAGUGGCUCGGCGGCCCCGCUGCCGCCACUCUCGCGCGUGUUUGCGCGCGAAGCCCUCGCAGCUGGAGGCAUCAAGCAUGUGCUCUCGCUGGCCCGGGCUGUGCUUAGCAUCCCGUCGGGCCUGCGCACGCCGUCGAUUGCGUACCCGGCCCGAUGUGGCCGGGUACUGCCGCAACUGACCCGGGCUCAGGCCAUGAGCAUGUAUCUUGUCUGUCGUGAGAUGACGUCGGCCGCCGCCGACGCGCUGGUCGCCGACGUCGCCUUUGCAGGGCCAGAUUCCGGUCAACUGGCUUGCUAUCGGCGGCUACAGGCGUGGGCAUCAAGCACUUUGCCGCCCGUGGCGCUGCGGCCAUUUGGCUCGUUUGCAGUGCUCGGCGGAGCGCUCCCGGUCGGGUCCGACAUCGACUUACUGACCAACACGCCUCUGGAUGAGCUGGCGCCUGCAAUUGCCGCGGCUUUUGGAGACGACCUCCUCCAAAGCCGCAUCGUCACCGACGCCGCCUUCCCGGUCCUUGCUCUCGAGUUUGCCGGAGGCCUCCUCGUCGACAUCGUGUAUGAUGGGUCGGCGUGGACAAUCAUGGAUGCCAACACGGCGGUGCGUGCGGCGCUGAUAGCCGCGGGCUCUGAGGCUGACACCGUCUCCCGCCGGACCGCACUUGUGGCGUUCACGCGUCACAUGCGGCGGCCAGGACUGCUGCCAUCAUCGAUGCAUGCGCACAUGCUCUUCCUCGGUUGCUGCGCCCGCAUCGGGCUCGUCCCGCGAGCAGACCCGACCCAGACCCGUGUCGUGCACCAGUGGGUGGGCGACGUUGUGGCGCCGUUCUACGAGCACGCACCUCCGGUGCUGAGUAGCGUGACGGCUGACGGCGCCAGCGCGAGCGUAUCUGGCCCCGAUGCCGCGGCGCUGGUGGUCGCGGUGGCGGCCGAGGUGUGCGCUGUGCUCGAGACCGGGGGCGAGGUCUCGGUCCUUGCUACAACCGCAAUGGCGGCGGUGGGCAGCGGUGCGUUGGGCGCAGGCACCAACUGGGCGUCGCUGGCGGCGCUCAGGAUGCAGAUGACGGAGAGCGUGGCUGCGGGCGCAGGCGAGGUUGUGUACGUCUUUGACUUUGACGGCACCCUGUUUGAUGAGACGACGGCGGCGGCGAGUGUGGCGAUGCCUGCACUGCUCUCGCGGGUGGUGGCGGCAGGUGCGCCUGUCCUGGUCUUGACUGGGCGGAUCCAGUCGGAGCUCGGGCCUAUUUACCGGAUCCUGGGCAAGUCUGGCGCGCUCCGCGUGCCGGUCUUUGCGCGUCGGGCGUCGCGGCAGUCGGCGCUCAACUUUAAGGCCGAGGUACUCGCCGAUCUGGCGGCUGCAAGUGUGGUCGACGACAGCUGGCAGCAGAUCAUCCAUUACGACGACAUUGGCAAAGUGCUGCGUGUCAGCGGCAGGAUGGCCGCGCCUUGCACUGUGACGCCGAUGCUGCUGGUCAACUGUGGCAAGGCGCCGCUGCGACACUUUACUCCCGAUCUAAUGGCAAGCUCCACGGCACAAGAUGGAAGCGGCACCACGGUGGUCCGGGUCAUUGUGCCGGGUGAGCCAGGAGUGGGCAAGACAACGUUUCUCACCAAGCUCUGUCCUGCUUUGCAGGAGGCACUCGGCGAGGAGGCCGUUGUGACGGUCCUCGCUAACGAUGAGAUUCAGGCGACGGUGGGCCGCGCGACGGUGGCGCGCGAGUUGAAACGACGGGCAAACGAGGCAGUGGAUGCAGCAAGAGCGGCAGGCAAGACGCCGGUGCUGGUGUACGACAAUCGCGGCGCAUCAUCGCUGAUCCACGAUGCCAGUUGGCUUGUCUUACGGCUGGCCAGCACGCCGAGUGGGUACGAGGUCAUGGACGCACUGGCGUACCUUGGCGUGCUGGAUCGGCCGGAUCAUGCCAGCGAUGCGAGCUCGGUGGAAGCGGCGACAGUGUCGCGCGAAGCAUGGCUCGAGUACACCACUGCCGUCCGCAAGCUGCACAGCAGGAUCCGUGACGGCAAGUACAAGCACGGCGACAAGGUGGUGGCUGCAACCGAGGCGGCUGGGGGGCAAGUAGUCUCGCUCGGGAUCUGCGAUAGUGCCGAAGCCGAACUCGCCCUCGCGGAGUAUGCCGAGCCGCUGGCGACGAUCAAGCACCUUUUCUCCGGCCGUCGCAAGGGCAACCCGAUGGCGGGCCUCUCGUGGGGGGAGCAGGCUGCGGCGCUGGCAAGUGCACUCGACGAGGUCCGUGGCCUGCACUCGCGGAUCUACGACGCAGACGGUCUGCUGGAUGUCGCUGUGAGUGCGGUGGUCGACGGGGUUACUCACGGCGGAAGCGCACGUGUGAACGCCGCCGUUGUGCCAUGGUUCCGGUUUGCCGGGCUGUCGCUUCCAACGCUCAGCCGAGCAAUGUGCACGUGGCGCGCGACGGCGUCAGGAGACAGUGCGUGGGCGCGCGCGGUAGCGGCGGCCGGCGGUGACAGUGCAGCGCUGGAGGCCGACGCAGAUGCCCGGGCACGCAUCGGGUUCCACGUCACGCUGCGGUACAUCGCCGAGGCGACGGUGGGUGAUGUCCGAGCACUUGACGAGACUGCCAACGCGGCACUGGCUGAUGGCGUCGAGGUGAAUGCGGUCGAGCUGGUCGCCGGGCGCGGGAUUGUGUGCUUGGCAGUGGCGCUGGGCGGCAUCGAGGUGGAUGCCGGACGGCGGCCUCAUGUGACGCUGGCGACGGCCCCCGGCGUGGCGGCGCGCGUCUCCAAUGACGUGCUGGAUGCGCUCCAUCGUGCUCGACGAAGCCGACGCGGCUGCGCUUAG